AAGUGCGCACGAUGAACCUUACGCAGUAACAUCCAUCGCAGAAUAAAACCUGUGGAGAUCUCCCCGGAACCGUAAUUUUUGCAUCCAAAUUAGGAAAGCAUCAUUUGCAAACCACCACCGAAAACUUUGUAUGUUGGUUGCAAAAACAACGCCAUAUUGACUCAUUUUCUUUUUCUUUUGGCGGUUCAACAAUGAUCACCCCGCAUUUUUACAAACUCCGCUAAUGGCUUGACAGAUUUUUCCAUUGGAGUCUUUUGUGCGCCGUAUCAUCUCUGCUCGAUAUGAAAAGUUUCGAAACCGCCAUUCGAAAAGCAUUGCAACCUUUGCCAAAGGGCAAGUGCUUUGAGAUCUACAAAUUAACGACCGAGCCCAAAGAAUGCACACCUUUGGUUCCAUCGCACGACGGAAAAACCACUGUUUCACAUUCAUUGAUUCUCGUGAGUGUGCGAGACGACGGCGAGAUUAAAGAAUCGCAUUCCGCGUUUCUUUGUGGACUCGAAACAUAUGAGUACAUCACCGUGUAUCCCGAUGAGAAAAAGCAGACGACGGUGUAUAUCAGUAAAGUCGACACAACCGGUUACCCUUCUUCAAAAAUCACUGGCAGAUUGGUGCGCGCCUAUCUUCAGAGUCUUGGUCCGUGCCAUGUUCACGUGUUUGCAAGAGCUCAACCGCAGUAUUUAUUCGCCAAAUCGGCUCACAACAAAGCCAAGAUCCCAUUAUCGGAUCGUGCCCUGGUGGGUUGGUGGUAUCGUUUACUGAGCGAUGCUUUGCCAUCUGCCUCGGUAUCGGCCGCCUGGUGGUCGGUGCCUGGCCUCGAUGAUGCUUCAUCGGCCAUGUUGGAGAUUGGUCAAGGAGGGAAUCGAAAGAAACAAACUGACAUAACGUGGCAAUAUGGUUAUCCCUAUGAAAAGGAGGCGGCGGCAGAUCAGGUUAUCCCUCGAUUUGACGAUGAUCCAAAAACGCGCGUCAUCAAACAUCUCAUUGACCAAAAUACUAACGGUAAAUUCGUUUGACUUGCUGAUACGACAUAAUAACCGAACGAUAAUUAAUCUUUUUUGGGGAUGGAACCUUUUUUUUUUCGGCAA